AUGGCAGCCCCUCGAUCUCCCGACUACACGAUCGGCUUUCCGGCCACCUGCAACGAGCCGUGGGCACAGGUCACCAUGAUGGAUGCCAGUCACGGCGACGCGCAUGUCGUCGACCUCUGCGUCGUCCAGCCUGACGCAACCAACUCCUAUCCCACCACACCCGACCGCUCCUACCACCGCACCCUUCUCGAUACAGGACCCCCAGGGGACGCCGUCUUCAAGAACCUCCUCAACGUUCUUAUCAACUAUGGUCAGCCAACGCUGACCACCACCAGUCGUACCAUCAGCCUCCCUCAGGGCUGGGAUGAGGGUAGAGUCGAUAUCUUCGAGUUGACCCAUGUGGAUAAUGAUCAUUGUGGCAAUGCUGUCCCCCUCAUGAAACGGGUGCUAGACGAUGUCACUCUCCGGAAGAGCUUCACCGCAACCAACGUGCUUUACCACCAAUUCCCUCUGAUGAACCCAUCCUUGUCGUAUGAGCUGAUGCCUCGAUCGGGUCCUUUUGGCCCCGACCCAAAUCGGAUCACGAUACGAGAGCAUUACCCAGGCCGCGACUGGGUCGUGCAACACCAGGAGGCCGGCUUCCAGAUCAAGUACCAUUUCAAAGGGCAUUUCAUGGUCAAAGUCGAUGACCCGUUCCCCGCGUGGACCGAUCCUGCAUUUGGGGAGAAGGUAACCCUGGACAAUAUCUGCCCUAUCGAGAUCCUCCAAUACCAGUGCGCGCGGCCACCUCCAUUGGCCCCCUUUGGCGCUGUGUGCGUGUCCUGCCAAUUGAUUCUGACCCGUACUGGCAAAUUGGGUAAGCUGGGAGUCCCAAAGGCCAGAAAAGUCGCCACUGCCCAUGUCGAGGUGGUCAUGCCCAACUCGUUGGUGCAGAAAAACUUCUUUCUCCAACACGGCUACCGCCUGAACUUCACCACGACGAAUCCAGACGAGCGGGCGACCAUUCGGGAUUUCCAGUUGAUCCGGGAUCAGCUGGAUGCGAUCCAAAAGAAUGCGGUAGCCACAGGUACCACCUGGGCUAUGGCAGCCACCCCACGACAGUGGACCGAAACCGGGAGCUUCAUUUCGUUGUACAACACCGAGCUUAAGUUGCACAUCAUGGGGCCUUUGCGUGAACUGUACCAUGACUUCAUCGGCGACUCGAUGCAGGCCUUCUACGAGUCGAACGAUGUGGCCACUGAAAAGCUAGAUCCGGGCAACUACGACAUCGCCAAUCGAGCCAGCAUCAUCAGUCUGUUCUCCCGGCCCUCGGCCGUGCUUCCCGAUACGACAUUCCGUAUGCUCUUUACCCGGCGAUGCGUCCCUCACCAUGGCUCCGACGUCACAGCCGAGGCGGAGUUCUACCGCUAUAUUCGGGCUCGGGUCUACCUAAUCAGUGGACAGCAAAGUCGAUAUGGCGCCCCAGCGCUCAAGACACUCCUCACCAUCGCGGAAGGCUUUAGGCAGGAUCCGGGCACCUACAGUGACAAGGUUGCCCCUCACUACCUGUUCUUCAGCGACGCUCGGACGCUUGACCCGGUUGCUGGAAGAGAUAGCAAUACGAAACAACUCCUCGCGUCAGCGGUGAGGCCCAACAUUGACAACACGAAUGGCAAGCCGAUUUACAACUACCAGUGCUACCGAAUCAAAAGGCAAGACGAUUCCACUCGAACCGCGGGGAGAAUUCUCUUUGGGGCCAAUAAGGUCUUCAAUGCACCUUGGGUCUGGUUUGGCGAGGCGUCGGGCGAUUCCGACACAGACACGAGCCAUGACUGGGUGCGGAUGGGUUGA